UGACCUACGCCGCAUGGUGUUGGGGCCAUGUUGUCUUGGCCUUUGGACACUCAAAACAACGCUGGCCGCAUUCUUUGUUAGCUUUGCAGUUGUUGUUCUAUCUUUUGCGCUCUCUUUUCUCACAGCCCGCGAAACCAAGGUAGUGCGAUGCGGCAAUGCGUGUUCUUCUGGAAGAUCGCCAAAGCUGUUCUUCCGGAGAACAGUGGUACGUGUGUGCGUCUAAUGGCUUCAGCGGGUGCUGCGCGGUGGAUCCAUGUGCCUUGAGCGAUGGUUGUCCAAGCUCUUCGGGCUCUCACCCCACAACAAGUAGUGGAACCGCCUCAAAUAUACUCUCAUCUUUUCCGGCAUCGGCCUUUACAACUAGCGCACCUAAAUCGACUGCAGAAGCAUCGUCUAUUCGGAUAGAAGCAUCAUCCUCCGGUUCCAACAUUCAGACUAUUGCUUCUGUCAGUGGGGGUCAAACAGUAUACGUCACAGUUACCCACGAUCCGUCGUCAACAUCUCAACUCUCCCAUUCACCCACAUCGAAUCCUAACCUUUCUCAAAAAGAUACGAGUCGCACACCCGUAGGCGCAAUUGCUGGAGGAGUAAUAAGCGGAACCGUAGUGUUAGGGAUAGCGCUUCUCCUAUUCUUCUUUUUGAGGCGAAAGAGACAAGCAAAGGAGCGCAAAAGAGCAACGCUUCCCCCAUCGUACGCAGAGGGGGACAUGUCGGAGUUCGUGGUUCAUGACGGUAGCAUUGCACCCUCCAAUGAGAUAUCAGACGCAGUAAUCCGCGGCAUCACGAAUUCCAAAGAGAAGGCAGGCUUAGAGAAUGUUGACCGUGAAUGUGUGCCGCAACUUGAUGGGAGGAUGAUUAGGCCGACCAAUGAGAUGGGGGCCGAUCCAAUUGGCAGCAUUGCGGAGCUUCCAGCCUCCCAGCAGAAUCCCUUUGCUACACCUAAUCUAUCUGCAAAUGAAUCGGGCCAUUUUAAGAGUCCUCGGAGGUCGGGCGUUGAUGUUGAGGAUCAUGUUAUGAGCUGGGCGCAAUUUAAUUCCAUGGGAAAGAGAGAUCCAUCAUCGAGACUAUCACAGCCGCAUGGGGCACCUGAUACUUCCGCUUCCGUGUGGGGUACAUUAAGUCCAACCCAGCCGGAAGAGAAUAAAGAGAGACAGCAAUAGCGAUGCAGAGGAGCGCAAGGACCCCAGAUAAGCCCCAGGACUUUCUGUGCUCUGAGCACACAAAUUGAACGCGACCUCGAAGUUCCGCAUGUCACGGUCACGAGUAUGUAGGUAUAGCUAGUAGAUACCAUUAUGAU